AUGGAGCCUCUGUUUGAAGAGUUCCGCAAUGCCUACAAGACUCGGUCUGGGUACUCUCUUGCGCAGACACUUCAGCCAUUCAGUCCAGUCAACAAGCCGGACAAGCUACGGUCCAUCUAUCUGAGCACCAACGUCCAAGAAGCCAAGAGUGACAUCAAGUACAUGCUCCUCGGUCGGGGCUCGGGAUCUAAGAAAUUCAAGCUCGACCAUGAGGAGACUACGGGCUGGGUAGAAGUCUACACAGCGUACUGGAAAGCCAUUGGCGAGAUCCUCAAAGUAGAGGGCGACUCCGCUGCUGGAGGUAGGUCUUCAUCAUGGACCAAGGUGUAUGAGUCUUGGAAGGAAUUCACCACCGCUCUCAUCCGAGGCUACACUAAUUAUGGCUUCGAGGCGUGGACAAUUCCGUGCCUCUACCUUGCUGGCAAGCAUUUGCGACUCUUCGCCAUCAGCUCAGACGAAGAGCGGAGCACCACCGAGGCCACUGCUGACGCAAUGGAGCUUGCUGACGACUACGAUCCGGACUUGGAGAAGCAAAAGCAGCUGCGCGACUGCGAGCAGCAGCUCAAGCGUAUCUUCACUCUGUGUCUGAGCGAUAGGUAUGUCGACAAACCCGAAUGCUCUUGGCUAGUCCUAAUUGUGUACAGAGCACCUCUCGAAGAAUCAAGAAAGUGGGCUAUUUACUACAUCAUCAACUUGCUCUUCAAGACCUACUUCAAACUCAACUCGGCAAGUCUGAGUCGGACAAUCCUGAAGGCGUUGUCCACGAACCGUGGAGACAUGCCGCCCCUGGAAGCAUUCCCCAAGUCACAGCGGGUGACAUUCAAGUAUUACGAGGGCGUGCUCUUCUUCUUGGAGGAGAACUAUGUUGAGGCCGAAAAGCACCUCACAGAGGCAUGGUCCCUGUGUCACAAGGGUGCGAAGAGCAACCAAGAGAGAAUUCUCACCUAUCUAAUACCAUGCCAUCUCCUCACCACACAUACCCUGCCCAGUAGCAAACUCCUUGAGCCCUACCCGCGGCUGCAAAAACUCUUUCUCCCACUGUCGCAGUGCAUCCGCAAAGGCGACUUGCGCAACUUUGACCUAGCUCUACAAGAAGGCGAAGAGGAGUUCGUCCGCCGCAGAAUCUACCUUACGUUGGAGCGCGGUCGCGACAUUGCCCUGCGCAACCUAUUGCGCAAAGUCUUUGUCGCCGGUGGCUUCGAAGAGGCGAAGGAAACCGGCACCGCUCCCGUUCGUAGGACCAGAGUUCCAGUCGCCGAGUUCACAGCUGCUAUCAGCCUUGGUAGCCAGGAGACUGUUGACCCAGACGAGGUUGAGUGCCUGCUGGCAAACAUGAUUUACAAGAACCUCAUGAAGGGCUACAUCGCCCGCGAGCGCGGCAUCGUCGUCCUCUCCAAGAACGGGGCGUUCCCCGGAACAGGGGUUUAG